GCCAGGGACUCCCGCAACCACCUCUGCCACGUUCUCGACCGCUGCCUGCAGUACCGACGACCGGCGGCUCCCGGACCGUGCCGCAUUCCUCUACAAGCGCUAAACAGAGUUGUGCCUGCCGACAACCAGCACAACCCCACAAGGAUACCGUCCUCAUCCUAAGAAGACAGACAGAAAGGAGUUUUGACAAAUGGAUUGCCCCUUUAAGAAAUACCUUAAUAUUUUCUACAAGGAAGUGAAAGGCAUCACCACACUCUGCCAUGUUUACGGCUUAUAUUGUGACCCUGCUCUUAUCUGUUACUCUCAGAAAUGAUGGCUUAUAAAGAAGACCACAAGCGGUCCCCCUAACACCCAGAACAUAAUUCUGUCUGGCUGCAGCAGCAUCUUUGUCCCACCUGAAGCACAGGCCGGGUACCACAAGCAGUUUGGGAAGAUUUUUCGCAUGAAGCUUGGCUCUUUUGACUCGGUACACAUCGGAGCCCCCUGCCUGCUGGAAGCUCUCUACAGGGAAGAAAGUAACUACCCCAAGAGGCUGGAGAUCAAACCAUGGAAGGCUUACAGAGACUACCGAGAUGAGGCCUAUGGGCUCCUCAUAUUAGAAGGUAAAGACUGGCAGAGAGUCCGCAGCGCCUUCCAGCAGAAAUUGAUGAAGCCGACAGAAGUUGGGAAACUAGACACCAAAAUCAAUGAGGUCAUGGAAGAUUUCAUCCAGAGACUCGACAGCGUCUGCACCCAGGAAGGAAGGAUCGCAGAUCUGUACUGUGAGCUGAACAAGUGGUCGCUGGAGAGUAUCUGUCUUGUCCUCUAUGAGAAGAGAUUUGGAUUUUUACAGCCCAGCCUGGGAGAGGAGGCUCUGGAUUUUAUCACGGCCAUAAAGACAAUGAUGAGCACAUUUGGGUUGAUGAUGGUGACACCCGUGGAACUUCACAAAAGCCUUAACACAAAGAUUUGGAAGGAUCACACCCAGGCCUGGGACAGCAUCUUCAGAACCGCCAAGUGUCACAUAGACAGGAGACUGACAUCUAAGGACAAUGAAGACUUCCUUUGCACCAUCUACAAGGACAGCAAACUGUCCAAGAAGGAGAUGUACGCCACUAUUACCGAGAUGCUGAUUGGAGCUGUGGAGACGACAGCUAACAGCUUACUUUGGGCCAUUUUUAAUAUUUCCCGCCAUCCGAACAUUCAGAAGAAACUUUACGAUGAGAUUCAAAGUAUCUUAUCUCCCGAACAAGUGCCGACAGCAGAAGACAUUAGGAAUAUGCCGUAUCUGAAGGCGUGCUUAAAGGAAUCCAUGAGGAUAAGCCCUUCUGUUCCAUUCACAACUCGCACUCUGGAUAAAGAGACUGUACUGGGAGAAUAUGUGUUACCCAAAGGAACCGUCCUGACCAUCAACAGCCAUGUCUUGGGAUUCAAUGAAGAAUGUUUUGAUGAUUGGAAGGAGUUUCGCCCAGAGAGGUGGCUACAAGACAAAAAUACCAUCAACCCAUUUGCUUAUGUUCCAUUUGGAAUCGGAAGGAGGAUGUGUAUUGGCCGACGGUUGGCAGAACUGCAGCUACAACUAAGUCUUUGCUGGCUGGUCAGGAGAUACAACAUUGUGGCCACAGACAACAAACCUGUGGAGACCAUUCACUCAGGGACCCUGAUGCCUAAUAGAGAUCUCCCGGUGGCAUUCCUCAGGAGAUAGUAGAAGCUCUGACUAACGAAGAAGACGCACAAACCGGUCAGCACUGGAUCCUGCCAGACCCACUGGCACCAGCAUUUCCAGGCAGCACAGUCCACGAUCCUUGACCCAAUCAGAUAAGAUGAGAUGCAGAUGUUUACACUGAACCCUGCCGUCAAAUCUCUGAAUUCUGCAAAGGUCGGGCCCUCGGGGGCGGAAUACAGACCUUGGGCCGCUGCCCAGCCUAUUUACAGAAUAUCUACAUACAUAUAUCAGGGUCACUGUUAUGUUCUGCUAUAAGUAGGUCAAGGCUCCAGCAGGGGCACAGAGAUGUGUUACAAGAAGGUGACAACAAUAACGAAAAACGCAUAUAGCCGCGUGAUUCGGAGGAUUGAUGCACUAUGUUAUUUCUCCUUGUUUUCUUUACCCCUCCAAAUAAAAAGAAAUUCCCAUCCUGUUCUUUUUAGAUCUGUCUCUGGGAAAGCUGAGUGACAAACAUUUAGACCCCAAUUUAAAGUCUGGGGAGACAAAUCUACUGUAUCUAACCACGUUGUGGUUUUUCCUUGCAUCGCCUUCAGUUCCUGUGAAAUGUAUAUCUUUUAUCGGUCACAUUCCUGGGCACAUGUUGCCCUCAUUUAGGAACUUUUUGAUACCCCUGCAUUCUUCUAUGCACAUAGUUCUGGGACUUGUUGAUGUUUAGUUGUGUGUAUAUAUGUAUAUAAAUGUGUUAUAAUAUUCUUCAGUUAGAUUAUUAUUUGUAUCCUUUUAUUUGACUUUUGUUUUCUAUUCAAUAAAAGAUCUAAAA